GUUUCUGUUGGGACUAAAUCUGACCCUUGUGCUAAUGUUCUUGACCCCUGGUUUAUGGUUAAAAAGGUGACCCUGUGGCCCUCAGGUUAGUCCUGAUCCAGAAUCCGGCCCCUGCUGUGACUGAGUUUGACUCCAGGAUGAUGUCAGACAUCAGUCGCUCCGUAGUUGUCCCGGGCCGCUGCAGGGGGUGAGAGGUAAGCAGGAAGCUCUGCUCUCUCUUAUGUCAUCCUGUCCUUUAAUAGUGUAAUCACAGGCUGGCUGUUGUCAUCGAUUGUUGAGCAGCUGGUGCGCCAUGAUGUGUCGGUUUUUAGUACUGCAGUAAAAUGUUCACCUCAUGCCUGGUGUCAACAAACCAGAUAACGUUAGCACUGCUCAGGGCGUUAGCACCACAGUUGGUGGAUUAGGAUGUUAAGACUAGCAUGGCAUCGGUCGGUGUCCAAAAAUAGCCGCAUGGUGCAUGCACGCCUUCUACCAGCAGGGUUUCUGAGAGCCGAGGGUGCACAGCAGAGCUCAGGGGCUCACAUCUGUAGGAUAGCCGCACAGAUUGCCCACCAACCAAGCGACAAGUCCCAGCAGCUUCAGUUCCUACCGGCCUACAAUCUCAGCUCAUCUGUGUUUAUGAGCAUGGCAUCAGGAGGUGAAGGUUCAUCAUCCGUCCCUCACAGACACACUAACAGACUAGCCAAGGAGAGGUCCCCCUACCUGCUGCAACAUGCACACAAUCCUGUUGACUGGUAUCCUUGGGGACAAGAAGCCUUUGACAAAGCUAAAGCUGAAGACAAACCAAUCUUUUUAUCUGUGGGAUACUCAACAUGUCAUUGGUGCCAUGUCAUGGAGAGGGAGUCUUUUGAGGAUGAGGAAAUCGGCAAAAUACUGAGUGACAACUUUGUUUGCAUCAAAUUAGACCGGGAAGAGAGACCUGAUGUGGACAAAGUCUACAUGACCUUUGUGCAGGCAACAAGUGGAGGUGGAGGCUGGCCCAUGAGUGUAUGGUUGACCCCUGACCUUCGACCUUUCAUUGGAGGCACCUACUUCCCUCCGAGAGACUAUGGAAGACGACCUGGGCUCAAAACUGUCCUCACAAGAAUAUUAGAACAGUGGGAAAAUAACCGAACUGCUCUGGAGUCCAGCGGAGAUAGGAUCAUUGAAGCUUUAAAGAAAGGCACAGCUGUCGAUGCAAACCCAGGAGAGAGUCCUCCCCUGGCCCCAGAUAUUGCCAAGCGUUGCUUCCAGCAGUUGGCACAUUCCUAUGAAGAGGAGUACGGGGGCUUUAGAGAAUCUCCAAAGUUUCCCACACCAGUGAAUCUGACGUUCUUAAUGACUUACUGGCUGGUUAAUCGCUCUACCUCAGAAGGGGUUGAGGCACUACAGAUGGCCUUGCACACGCUCCGCAUGAUGGCGCUGGGGGGCAUCCACGACCAUGUGUGCCAGGGGUUUCACCGUUACUCUACAGACUCCUCCUGGCAUGUUCCCCACUUUGAGAAGAUGUUGUACGACCAGGCUCAGCUUGCUGUAGCUUACAUUAAUGCUUUCCAGGUUUCAGGGGAGCAGGUCUUUGCAGACGUGGCUAAGGACAUUUUGCUCUAUGUCUCCAGGGACCUCAGUGACAAGUCUGGAGGUUUCUACAGUGCAGAGGAUGCAGACUCUGUUCCAGUGUCAGGGGGGCCAGAAAAGCGUGAAGGAGCUUUCUGUGCUUGGACUGCCUCAGAAGUUCGGGAACUACUGCAAGAUGCGGUGGAGGGUGCAAAUGGAUCUGCAACACAGGCUGAUAUCUUCAUGCACCACUAUGGUGUGAAGGAGCAAGGCAAUGUUGCUCCAGAACAGGACCCCCACGGGGAGUUACAGGGCCAGAAUGUGCUGAUCGUCCGUUAUUCAGUCGAAUUGACUGCUGCUCACUUUGGCAUCCAGUCUGAAAAAGUCCAAGAGCUCCUGGCCUCUGCCAGGGCCAAGAUGGCAGAGGUGAGAAAGAGUCGGCCCCGACCACACCUGGACACCAAGAUGUUGGCCUCCUGGAAUGGUCUGAUGCUUUCAGCCUAUGCUCGUGUGGGUGCUGUGCUGGGGGACAAGGCCCUGCUUGAGCGGGCUAAAGAGGCUGGCAGCUUCCUAAAGGAACACCUGUGGGAUGCUGAGCGGCAGACCAUCCUUCGAUCCUGUUACCGAGGAGACCAGAUGGAAGUUCAACAGAUAUCUCCGCCAAUAUCUGGCUUCCUGGAUGACUAUGCCUUUAUCAUCGGUGGCUUGCUGGAUCUGUAUGAGGCCACGCUGAAAAGUGAGUGGCUGCAGUGGGCAGAGGAGCUGCAGCUCAGACAGGAUGUUCUCUUCUGGGAUGAGCAGGGUGGAGGUUACUUCUGCAGUGAUCCCACUGACAGCACUGUACUGCUGCAACUCAAAGAUGAUCAGGAUGGAGCUGAACCCAGCGGUAACUCGGUGUCAGCACUCAAUCUACUGCGUCUGUCCCACUAUACUGGAAGACAGGACUGGCUCCAGAGGUCCCAGCAGCUACUAGCAGCCUUUUCUGACCGCCUGACCAGGGUCCCCAUAGCCUUGCCUGAGAUGGUCCGGGCCCUCAUGGCACAGCACUACACACUGAAACAGAUUGUAAUCUGUGGCCAGAGGGAUGCCCCCGACACCACCGCUCUUCUUUCAGUGGUGAACUCCCUCUUCCUACCACACAAGGUCUUGAUGCUCAUUGACAGUGAGGGAGACAGUUUCCUGAGCCAGCGUCUGCCUGCGCUGUCCUCCAUGACCCAGCAGGGCGGUGUCGCCACUGCUUACGUCUGCCAGGACUUCACCUGUUCUCUUCCUGUCACCGAUCCCCAGGAACUACGCAGACUGCUGCUGGAUGGAACCGCAGAGCUGCAGGCAGAAUGAUGCUUACAGAGCUACAUGAUUAUGAAUUAACGGGAGGCUUGCAAUCUUCAAAGACCACACUCCUUCUAUCUGCAGCCUCAGCUUAGCUUAUCUCUGCUGUUUUUGGCUAGUCACUCAGGCCUGGCUAGAAUAGAACGCCAAUAUUUGGGAAGUCAAUGUGGAGCAUGGGGUUACACAACUAUGCAGUUAAAGGGGCUUCUUUUCUUUCUGAAGACUUUUACCUCAGCCUUAUUCUAUAAAGACCAGCAAAGUGUUAAAUCUGAUAUCUAAAUGAGUUUAUUAGCAGGCUUUAAAGCAGUGCAGCAGAGAAGCAAUAUGUCAAUGUGUUUCCUUACACAAAGAAAAAGUCCCAGCCUACUUAAAACGUGUAGUACUUGUGACAUAUGCACCGGUUUUACUGUUGGUACAGAAAAAAAUCACAGAAUCCUAAUAGAGUCUAAGUACACUGGACUUUUGCAAGCAGUGUCCCCUCUGAGCCCUGUGGUCCAGUCCUACAGUCACAUAGAUCUUAAAGUGGUAAGAUUUUAAUCAGGUUAAGGUAAUAUUAAGAUUUUCUUAACAGAGAGGAAAGAUGCUUUUCAGGUUGCUUUAUAUUUAUCAGACUUAUUUUGAGAACGCUUAUGAUUUGGUUGUACAAAUGCACAGCAGACAAUGCAACGGGAAAUGUGUGCAACGUUUUUUUCUUUGUAAAAUGUUUAAGACACUGAUGCAAAAGUUGCAAAACAAGAGACAUGUUUCUCUCCUUUCACCUUUAAAACCUAUAGGAUUUCCUAGGUUCCCUAAUGGGAACUAAAAAAAAAUGCAUUCUAGGAUGGAUAUGUGUAAUUUUUGUCUUAUUCAGGUUUGAGAAAAUCCAAACAGAAUUGAAGAAGACCUGUCCACACAGCCUGUUAUUCUCUUCUUUUGUACUAAACAUACACAUGACAGAUAAAAAUCCAAUGCUUGACAUUCUUGUCCUUUCUCUCCCACCUUUAGGCUGAAUAAAGGUGUUGUUGUCUCUGA